UGAGAGCCGGCCCCCCUAAACCAGAGAGUUUUUUCCUCUGUUUAAGGGCUUACAUUUUAGAUCACUGGCUGUCUGAUCAUGGAGAGACAUAAAAAUAAGAGAGGAUUCAAAUAUCAUGCUGCCAAAGGUCGCCAUCUGAAGCUGAACGACCUGAGAAUAGAAGCCAGAGCCAGAGGUAAUAACUACCUCUUCAAAGAAAACAUCCCGGACUACCCCCGGCCUGAGUUUCAUGUGUGUCGUCUGAGACACGACACAGACAUAGAUGGAUUAGAGGGCAUCAGGGGGGACGGGGGCUUCACGAACCCCUGGCUCAAAGGCUUACUGUGGUGGAGUCUGGACGUGGGUCCAGAGGAGAUAGUCUCAGCUGAGAGGAGACUCCUGGAGACCACCUACCCAGACCGGACCGAGGAGCAGAUCCAGAAGCAGCAGAGCUUGCUGUCUAAGUUCGCCUCCUCCCCGGUCUUCCAGAGCAGCUCCAGACUGGGACCAUUCCGCUUCACCCUAACCGUGGAGGAGAUAAUGAGAGCCUACAAGGAGCAGUUCUGUGGAGGAGCUGAGCCCAUCAUGCGAGUGUUUCAGACCCACCUCUACGACCAGGAAGUGAUGUAUGCUGUUCUGGUCCACAGCCCAGGCAUUCUGGAACAGUUACAGUACCCGUUACUGACAGACGACCCAGACUCAGUCUGCUGUUACAGAGACGGCUACUUCCUGUGGAGGUCAGAGGCGAUGUGUGGUAAACACAGCUUUGAACUGGUCCACAACGAUGAUCUACAGCAGAUGGAAGUGAACCGUGGGAGGGGCCUGUCUUAUGUCUGGGAUAAUGUCGCCAUCGCCUUCCAUGUAGACAAUAAGGUGCUGAAAUUUGAUGUGGAUCGACUAAGAAAGAGUCUCAAAUUCUGUGAGGUAAAGGGGGUUACGAUCGAUCGUUCAACCCCCUUUCAUGACUAUGAGAAAGCAGAUCGGAUUGUGAGGAGUUUGUGGCCCGACUAUCCGGCAGCGUUGGAGCGAGCUGGAGAGCAGAGAGAGGACGCCAACGAGGGUCACGAAGAAGAAGGUGGCGCCGGCGGAGACUUAUCAGACCAGUUGGCCAGUUUAGGUUUAGGCUCUUCUUAGAUGACGUUAAAAUCUGAAACCUUCUUUUAAAGGUGUGAGACCACAGACAUGAGAACGUCUGAAAUGGUUUUAAACACUAUGAUCACACUAGAUCAGUGGCUCUCCACUGGUCCUGCCUCAGGACCCAUCAAUAUCUCUGAUGACAAAUUGAAACCCAAAUUUCUAAAGUUUUUUAACAAUGCACGUUUGGUAAAUAAAAAUAAAAUGUUGCACUAAAGAUCUUGAAUGGAACAAAAUUUAUGACAGGAACAAGAGACAGAACAAACUGACAUGUUUUACACCCCACUUUUCCAUCAGAAUGUGUCAAUUUAACCAAUUUUCCAGCAAUCUUCAGAAAAAACUUCAUAAACAUGGUAGAAGCAGCUCUUUUAAUGAGAGAAAAGGAGAGAAAUGAGUUUAAAUAUUGAAGAAACAUUCAACUUUAAAUAAACGGCAUGGUUGCAUGUUCUUCAGAGACUGUUGCUACCAUUUUUUACACACAUUGGAGACCCUCUGAAAACUGCUCCACGACCCACUUUUGAGUCCCAUCCACAGUCCUGCUCUCAGAUGAAGUAUGGAAGUUUCCCUUCUUGAAUUCAGUCAGAGGAAAAUGAACUUCUGGAUGAUCUUCUGUGUUUCACAUUCAUCUGCUCGCUUCUUUCUGUCUGUGAGCUGUUAGAGUACGCUCCACUACCCGGUCUGCUCCAUCUGAGCCGGUCUGGCAGUCUGGCCUCUUAGAUAGUAAACAUGCUUCAGUGAUUUCUUCCUUGGUCAGUUAUUCUUUUGUGUGUUUGUCAGAUUUAGAAUCAGAUCCUGUUAGUGUCUGUCCUACAGAAACAUGUUCUACAUCCAUGCUGGGGUCAAUAAAGUUGGUAUCAGUCUGAUCAUUGA